AUGGGCUGCGUCUGCAGUACGCCUAAUACUGACGAUGUCCGACAACAGUCCAGCCCUGUACAACCCAAGCCAGCGCUGACGCCGAAGGCUGUGGAACCGGCCAGGAUUGAGACCAAGGCCGAGCUGCCGAGUACCAAGCCCUCAGACAUCGUCGUCGAGAAAGCUCAGAGUAUAAAUCGUGGACAUCCCGAGUCAGGACCUUUGCAGCAGCAGAAUGCCGCUUCAGCGGGACAACAACAGGGGACAAAAGCACGUCGCGCAGCUGCUGGCUCUGAGGCAGUAAGGGACCAAAUUAGGAAACUUGCUGUUGGUGGACCACAAGCGAAGGAGGAGAAAGAGAAGAUUUAUGAAGUCAGCGACUCUGAGGAUGAGGAACUUGACGAUGACCCACUGGACAGGGGCACACUGUCGGGUGACUGGUACAAGCCCCAGGAGGUAACUGACGCUAUCCUGGAGGCGCUUAAGCGGAACUUCGUCUUCAAAGGCAUUCCCCAAAGCCAUCUGGUGGAGGUGGUGGGCCGCAUGUAUGGCAUCAGCUUCCGGGCCGGGGCAGUCGUCCUGCAACAGGGCGCUUUGCCGAAGCAGGAUGACUGCAUGUACUACCUGCAAUCUGGGGAGGCGGAGGUGGUUAUUAGCGGUGGCGCGGAUGCAGCUUCUAAGAACCACGGGGAAGAGCGCACGGUUGAGGGGCACACAGUUAGGAUUCUACAGAAACCUGGGUGGCUCUUUGGUGAUGUGGCGUUGCUGUUCCACUCGCCGCGUACGGCCUCCGUUGUGGCGAAAACCAACAUUACGGUGUGGGCUAUGGACCGGCGGACCUUCCUGAAAUUUGUCAUGAAGCACGCACAGGGAGCGCGUGCCUUGCGCUUCUUGCGCAAGCUGCCACUGCUUAAGGGUCUCUCAGAUAAUGAUUUAAUCCGCGCAGCGUCGCGUAUGCCCCAGCGCAUGUAUGAGGACGGGCAGCCCCUCAUCCGCAUUGGUGAGCGUGGCGACGAGCUAUUCCUCAUCCGCUAUGGCAAGGUGCGCGUCUUCCGCCCGGAUGGCAAUGGCGGCCAUGUGGAGGUCGCAGUGCUGGGUCGUGGUCAAUUCGUGGGAGAGCGUGCUGUCAUUAAUGACAAGCUACGCAGCGCGGAUUGCGUGGCGCAGGGGCAGGUGCAGGUGGUCGUGCUGAAAAAGCGCGACUUUAUGGAUCUUGACAACCCCUUGCUGGCGUGGAUGCUCGAUUACGACGCCGUGUCGGCUGUCAUUCGGUCACUCCCGCACUUGAAGGGACUAAAGCAGGAACAAAUGGAGAAUAUCUUGGACCGGUUCGAUGCGCGUGAGGAGCUGUUGCAGGGGGACACGAUACUCAAUCAGGGUGACUUGCUGGAGAAGCUGUACGUCGUGAAGAUCGGCGAGAUUGCGCUUUUCCGGAAUGGCGAAAAGGUGGAGGAUCCCUCUUUCUUACACGAAAUUGCUGGCUUCAGCUACUUCGGCGAAAGCUCGCUCACACAGAUCGUGAAGUGCCCGUACACAGUACGCGUGGCGUCGGACACGCUGCAUAUGCUGACCCUACCUAAACGGCAAGUAGACUCGUUUAUGGGCCGCGACACGGGGCUGAAAUCGGACGAGGCCGUGGUAGCCGCCUUAAAAAAGUCGCGCUUCCUGGCCACCAUGACGGAGCCUGAAUUUAAGGAGCUGCUUAAGAUGUGCGAGCUGACAUCGUAUAAUCCCGGCGAGGUCAUUGCCGUCGCGAACAGCUCCAUAACCAACAAAAUCUUCCUGGUCAAGUCGGGCGAGGUGAUGGUGGUUGCCGCGGACCUCGCGCUCCCAGACACGGGCGUGGUGGACGUGCGCAAGCUGGCGGGCAGCGAGCGGCAUCGGCUGCUUGCGGGAAGCGUCUUUAACGAUAAGGCGCUUAACAGCCCGGAAACGGCGUCGCUGGAGGCGUCUCUGGUCGCGGCGACGCCCUGCAACGUCAUCACUUUCACGACUUCGGAUGUGGAACGGGUCAUGGGUGGCCGCGCCAUGAGCCGCAGCCGCAACGCCAUGGCGAGCGCUGGCGCCGAGCAGCCCAAGUUUCCAAAGGUCAAGUUCACGGAGUUAGAGUUCCACCGCAUUGUCGGCACAGGCCAGUUUGGACUGGUGCGUGUCGUGCGGAACAUCAAAACCAACGAGGUGUACGCGCUCAAGGUUAUGCACAAGGCGCCAAUUGUGGAGUCGAAGCAAAUUGAGCACGUCAUCAACGAGCGCAAGAUACUAGAGGAGGCCUGUGCGCACCCGUUCUGUGUGCGACUCUGUGGAGCCUAUCAGGACAAGUCGUCGCUCUAUCUCUUGCAGGCAAAGCUGUUUCACCAUCUGGACGUGGAGGGCGCCUUCGACGAACCUACAGCCAUGUUUUACGCCGCCAACGUGCUGUUGGCGCUGGAAUUCCUGCACAACAAGGGCAUCGUGUACCGCGACCUCAAGCCUGAGAACCUCCUGCUGGACACGCAGGGCUACAUCAAGAUGGCGGAUUUCGGUUUUGCCAAGUGCAUAGGCAGUGACAAGACGUUUACCAUUUGCGGCACACCUGAUUACCAGGCACCGGAGGUGAUCAUGCGCAGGGGUACAACCAAGGCAGCCGAUUACUGGGCGCUGGGGGUGCUUAUCUUCGAAAUGCUGGUUGGCGACCCGCCCUUCAAAUCGCUUACAGGCGACCCGUGGGACACCUUCCGGCGCACCCUUUCGGGCCGCUUCUACGUGCCUAAUUUCAUUUCCGAUCAAGCGGCCGACCUGAUCUUCAAGCUGCUGCAGGUGAACCCCGACAAGCGUCUGGGCAGCGACCGCCGGCUAGGCGCGGACGAGAUCAAGCGCCACCGCUGGUUCAGCCGGAUAGACUGGAAGGCCCUGGAGCAAAAGCGGCUUCCGGCGCCGUUCCGACCGCGUGUACGGAAUCCUCUCGAUACAUCCAAUUUCGAUAAUUUUGAUAAUGUGGACCUGGAGCCGCCGCCUGUGCCAGCUGACCGUGCUGAGAAGCAUAGCCAGCAGUGGGAGCUCUGGGACUGGAUCGAGGACACAAGAUUAUAA